AAAAUUUUUUAAAGAAAAAAAAAAGACUUGGAGGAAGUGGUGUUUUUGUUUGUCCGUCUAGAAAUGUCUGCCAUAAGAAUACAUCAUACCGCCCCUACGGCUUUCACAUUUUCAAUCAGACACCACAUUACAUUCUGCAACCCAAAUAAAAUCGGAGUCACUAAUAAUUAUUAUAAGCGUACUAGAAGAACCUUAACAACUGUCGCUAUGUCUUCCACCACCCCUAUUGAAGUCUGUGCCAAAUCUUCUCUUACUGUUCCUAAUAAGCUCGGCGAUUGCCCUUUUACGCAAAGAGUUUUGCUGACUCUGGAGGAGAAGCAUCUUUCGUAUGACCUUAAGUUGGUUGAUCUUCGUAACAAGCCAGACUGGCUGUUUGGUAUUAGCCCAGAAGGUAAAGUUCCAGUGGUGAAGCUUGAUGAGAAAUGGGUAGCGGAUUCAGAUGUUAUUACAAAGAUAGUUGAGGAGAAGUUUCCCGAGCCGUCAUUGGUCACUCCACCUGAGAAAGCUUCUGUUGGGUCGAAGAUCUUUUCAACAUUUAUUGGCUUCCUGAAAAGCAAAGAUGCUAAUGAUGGAACAGAGCAAGCUUUACUGGACGAGCUGUCUGCUUUCAAUGAUCACAUUAAAGAAAAUGGACCAUUUAUCAAUGGGAAGGAUAUCUCUGCUGCAGACUUGUCACUUGGACCAAAACUGUACCAUAUGGAGAUUGCUUUGGGUCAUUAUAAGAAGUGGUCAGUUCCAGAUUCACUUCCACAUUUGAAAGAUUACAUGAAGGCUAUAUUCUCAUUGGACUCGUUUGUCAAAACUAUGCCACUGACAGAAGAUGUAAUUGAGGGAUGGCGGCCAAAGGUCAUGGGUUAAAGCCAGCUGGUCUCGAUGUGUCUUGCAUCAGUUUCUUAAUGAUAAAGCUGCUUGUAUCUGUUCUCUUAUGUUUUCAGUUGCUUAUUUAGAUAUGUGCCCUGUAUAUUGAGCAAACAUGUGGAAGCUGCUAUAGCUUUUCGUCCUUUUUAAUCACUCUGCUUGUUUAGAUGGUCAAAAAAGCCACUUAUUUUUCCACCGUACCUACAUUUACCUAACACUGCUUGUUAACAUUGUUAAAAUAUCACUUCUCUAAUAUAAUCAUGGAGAACAGUUAUGUGUUC